GUGUCGAAGCUUCUACGAGCUAGCUAGCUAGCGCAAUGGAGUACUCUGACGAGGAGGAGCAGGGCUCGUCGCCGGCGUCGGCGUUGGAAUCGGAGUCGGAGUGCCCGCCGCUGAUGGCGCCGCCUCCGCCGCAGCCACUGGCGCCGCCGUCGCAGCGGCCGCUGCUGCUGAACCCGGCGUACGCACGGUGCAAGUCGGUGAUCCACGACGAGCUGCGCAGCUUCCGGGUGUUCCUGCAGUGGUGCGCGCUCGACCACUCCACCCGCGCCGGGCGCGCCGCCUCGUACGCGGCGUUCCUGGCGCUGGCGCUCCUGGUGCCGGCCGCCGUCUCGGUCUCGCUCCGCGCCGACGCCGCGCUGUCCCCGGCCUCCGCGUCCGCCAUCACCUUCAACCGCGUCGCCCAGGUGCCUGUCACGGGUCUCGCCGCCAUCUCCUUCGCCACGCUAGCCGUCUUCUUCCGCCGCUUCGGCGGCCUGCGCCAGCUCCUGUUCCUGGACGGUGCGCUUCGCGACGACACCACCUACGUCCGCCGCGGCUACGCGCGGGAGCUGGACCGCGCGUUCCGCCUCCUGGCGGCGCUCCUCCUCCCGUCCCUCUGCGUCGAGGCCGCGCACAAGGCCGUCUUCUUCUUCUGCACCGUCCGGGUGGAUCCCCCCGCGGCGCUGGGCGUGGUGCUCCCGCCGCUCCUCCCGCCGUGGCGGGUCCCCUGGCGCGCGGUGGCGCUGGUCGCCACGGUGGCGUCGUGGGUGUACCGCACGGGGGUGUUCCUGCUGGUGUGCGUGCUGUUCCGCCUCACCUGCGAGCUCCAGAUCCUGCGCUUCGAGGGCAUCCACCACAUGUUCGACGUCGAGGCGCGCGCCGCCGCCGCCGAGAUCUUCGCCGAGCACCGCCGCAUCCGAAAGCAGCUUCUGGCCACCAGCCACCGGUACCGGGUGUUCAUCAUCUGCUGCCUCGUCACCAUCACCGUCAGCCAGCUCGGCGCGCUCCUCGUCGUCCUCUCCUCCGGGGACGCCAAGAGCUUCUCCAACACCGGCGACCUCCUGGUCGGCUUGGCGGUGCAGCUGAGCGGCUUCUUCAUGUGCCUGUUCGGCGCGGCGAGGAUCACGCACAGGGCGCAGAGGAUGGUGUCCAUCGCCAGCCAGUGGCACAUGAGCAUGGUGGCCGCCAUGCACCACGGCAAGUCCUCGCCGGACAGCACGUCGGCGAGCGACGUCGACGCGUCCCGCGUCUCCGGCUCGUCGGCGGCCGUAUCCCAGGCGGAGCCCGGCGGGGCGUUCUCGUACAAGAGCAGACAAGCGCUCGUGACGUACCUUCGCCACAACGGCGGAGGGAUCACCCUGUUCGGCUUCACGCUCGACAGGGGUCUCCUCCACACCAUCUUCGUCUUCGAGAUGACUCUGGUGCUAUGGAUCCUCAGCAAAGUUGUGGUCCUCCAGUAGGACCCCGUGUACACGUGUCAAGAUAGUCUUACACGUAGUAGUGCUACUAUUUUUUGCUCGCCAGGGUACGUAUUCGUCUCAAAAGAAAUGUGGGAUGAAUGAUCCUUAUAUUA